AUGGGCAGUACUCCAGAUACUGCUGUCCCGCGACUGAUCGUUGUGGAUGACACGGACCCGUUGAUUCAAUACUCACCUUCUAGCGCGUUUUCCCUCGAUUCGGAAGGCAAGCUAGAUGGCCAGGGAUACGGUGGACCAGUGUUCAAUCGGACCCUCACAGGAACCUCAACCAACGGGUCGUUCACCUAUAAUUUUAACGGUAAAAUGCCAGAGGCAUUCAAGUUUCGUGCACCUCCUCUGUUGACGCUGAUUUUUCGAUUGAUAAUAGGCACAUUUGUCCGCACUAUAGUGGCUGCCGAAGGGCUAUAUGGUGGGAAUUGCAGUGUAGAUGACCAUGUCAUCGCGAGUUUCGAUGUGGACACACCUCAGGUCACGAAUUACAUUGCAUGUGAUUCCGCAGGGCUAUUAGAGGGUUCUACGAGCGAGCAUACCUUAGGAGUCAACUUUUUUUUCUUCCCGACCUCACCGUCAAAUUCUUCUCUUUGGCUUGAUAGUAUACAAUAUCAACCACUGCCAUCCAAUCCCCUAGAUGCUGCGACUCUCCGAAUUGAUGGAAGCGACACUUCAAUCAUCUACAACGAUGUUUCCGGUGGAUGGUCCGAGUCUUUCGGUGCGAAUGCGACAGAUAACGCAGCAACAAGUGUGAAUUUUAUCUUCAAUGUGAAUACUGGCAAUCCUUUUGUGAGGAAUGCUAGCCCUGCCUUCUAUUCCCUGGAUGGAAAUUCAACCAGUUUCGAUCUUCCUGGAAGCAUGCAGACGGUCAACAGUGGUGGAAAUUUCUCAAAUAUUCUCAAUUGGCCUCUUUUCACUGCUACCGGGCUUCCUGCAUCCCAAAACAACAUGGAAAUUGCUCCCUCUCCCAACGGUACUCUUAACCCACAAUUUCUUAUCAUUGACUAUUUCAUUAUCCGAACCAACCCCUCAACCAAGAGUGGUGGCGCGUCUACCCGAGUUAGUGCAAUUGUUGGUGGUGUCAUCGGAGGUGUCGUUGGGCUUGCUGCACUCUUGCUGGCAUUAUAUUUCUUCUGCAUACGGAGAAGGCAUUUUCAACACUAUUCUAACAGUGGGACAGUGCCAGAUUUCGGUGCUGUGACCCAGUAUCCCAGUCUGAGCACAUUUUCACCGGAUGCUCUGUACACGACAAAGAGAGCGCAGAGCUCAGGAGUACAAAGAGGGGUAGAUCGUCGUGGUGAGGCGAUACCGCAGACCGAUAGUGGUGUCAGGCUUCCUCCUCUCGACGAGGUUCCACCAAUAUACACAGAAUAUUGA